AUGGAAAGCAAAGGUAGAGAAGUGUAUUUUGUUUUCAUGAACUUUGAUCCAGAGUAUGAGCGCCUACAAAAGAAUAGAUCAAAACAAGGAGGUCAUGAGCUUGAUUUAUAUCUGAGCACCAAGCAUGAUUUACUGCUAAAUAAGCUCCUCCAACCAAACACUUACAAGAAGAUGUAUUCUUUGGCUAUUGUUGAUGGUUUUGCUGUUCAAAUGACAAAAGAUCAGGCAGCUAUUCUUCAAGGAGCAAAGGAAGUGAGAAUUGUAGAGAAGAACCAAGAGCUUGCUUGA